ACCCGUGCUUGGCUCGCCCUCCCCUUUUCUCUCUCUCCCUCCCUCCCACAUUCCCAUAGCUCCCCGGGAGACACCCGGAGCCAGAAGAGUUGGCGGCGACUUUCCGUGCCCCGGACCAGGGGCAUGGGGCAGGCAGCUUGCAGAGUUGGAAGUGGAGCGGGCGCCACCAGCAGCGGGGCGAUGGACAGCCGAGCCCGGAGCGCCGAGGAACCCCCGGCGGCAGCACCCCAGCCUCCUCCCACCUCCUCCGGGUUUGUAGCACCAGGUGUGUUUGAUAAUGCUAUUUCCUGUGUUGAUCUGGAAAACAUCCCCAUAAGAAAAACUAAAGGCAAGGCACCACUUCCUCCAGCUGAGACUAAAUGCAUUGAUGUUUCUUCGUAUGAGUUGGUAGAAUCCUCUAAUUUCAUCAUGGAGCAGAAGGAAAACAUGAUAGAGAAAGACAUUGAGCUCUCUGUGGUUCUUCCAGGGGAUGUGAUCAAAUCCACUACUGUUCAUGGCAGCAAACCCAUGAUGGAUUUGUUAAUAUACCUUUGUGCACAAUAUCAUUUAAACCCAUCAAGCUAUACAAUUGACCUGUUAUCAGUGGGAAAAACGCCAAUUAAAUUUAAACCCAACACACCAGUUGGAAUGCUGGAAGUGGAGAAAGUAAUUCUGAAACCAAAAAAUCUGGAUAAGAAGAAGCCUACACCAGUGAUACCGGAGCAAACUGUACGAGUAGUGAUAAACUACAAGAAAACACAGAAGACAGUUCUGAGAGUUAGUCCACACGCAUCCCUUCGAGAACUCACCCCCAUUAUCUGUAGUAAAUGUGAGUUUGACCCUUUACACACCAUAUUGUUGAAGGACUACCAAUCUCAGGAGCCUCUUGAUCUGACUAAGUCCUUUAAUGACCUUGGACUACGGGAACUCUAUGCGAUGGAUGUCAGCAAAGCUCCUUCUGUUACUGACUUCAGUUUAUCAUCUUUACAAGACUCCUGCCAAAUAUCUCAAAACCUAGACACUAUGAAAGAAAAAGAAAAUAAAAAGUUUUUCAGCUUUUUUCAACGUAGCAAGAAAAAAAGGGAACAAACUUCAAGUGCUCCAGCAACUCCAUUGAUAAGUAAACCUCGGCCAACUUUUACGAGAUCAAAUACUAUCUCUAAACCAUAUAUUUCAAAUACACUGCCAUCUGACGUACCAAAAAAGAGGAGGGCUCCCUUGCCUCCAAUGCCAACCUCUCAGAGCGCCCCACAGGAUCUUGUACAUACUCAGACAAGACCAGCUUCCUGUGUAGUGAAGUCUGUUAGUGUGGAUGAAACAAAUAAGGACCAUUCUGGAGCAGGCAUAGUGAGAACAGGAUCUCUGCAGCUCAGCCACACGUCCUCAGCUAAUUCAUCUUUGAGAAGGACGAAACGCAAAGCACCCUCUCCGCCUUCUAAAGUACCUCCAGAUCAAAGUUAUGAGGCCAGUGAUGUGACAGCACUGAAAUCAGUAGAUGCAAUUCUAAAAGAAAGUAUUCCAGAAGCAAAUCCUCCUGAAGUAUCAUCUGAUUCAGAUGCUUCACUUUGCUUUGAGCUACCUGGUCAUGAACGGAGUACUGUCCUGAUGCUGGCAGAUGAUGAGCCUUAUUCUGAUUGUGCCGAAACACCUGAGUUAACCAUGACAUCACUGAAAUCUGGAAUUAGCUCUGAGUACAGCCUUGAAGAAAUAGAUGAAAAAGAAGAAUUGAAUGUUCUCCAUAAGGAAGAAAGUGAAAGUGUUUCUUCAAAGUCACAAAAAAAUUCUUUUAUAUCUAUGGAUGUAACAAAGAAUGAAAAAGAAGAUACUACAUCAGAACUUGGCAUUGUUACUAGAGAGUGCCCAGAAAGCUCUAAGGAAGAAAAACAAGAAAAUAGAAACACAGAUGGAAAAAAACUACAGAAUGGUACAAGUAGUAAAGACGCAGUAACCAAAAAUGGAAGAAACUCCAAAAUACUGGACCAAAAUAAGAAUAAUGAUCAAAAUGAUAUGAUGCUCCUUCCAGUGGACUCGAAUGAGAAAGUAAAAAAUGGAGUGAGGAUGGUAGAAAUCAGUGUAGCUGAUGUUACUGAAAAUAACAAGCUUGAAACUGACAGGCCAUCAGAUUCUCAAGCAUAUAAAAAUGACGUUGCUGUAGGUAACAAGGAAAAUCCUCAAGUACUUUUACCAAUUCAAGAUCAGAAGCCGAGUCAAUCCAACUUAGAAAAGGUAAAAACUCAAGAUGCAGCAAUUCAGACAACUCAGUCUCUUAACAAUUUGGACAAUAAUAUGUUAAGUGAAAUAGUUGCUCACCUGGAUCAUAAUUUGCCAAACUUCAGAGGCAAUGAAAACAUACAGCUUUCAAAUAACAAUAAAUCAUCUCAAAAGUCAUCUUUUAAAUCACAGGGUUCUAUAGAUCUCUCAAGAGAACUCAAGAACCAGAGACCAAUAAAUGGGCAGGAAGACAUACCCAACCUUAAAGAUGUAAGUCCUACACAUGGCAAUGAUGAUCUGUUUGUUCCAGUAGAUGGGACUGAUAAAACUCUAACUGAUUCCUGUAUAAAGAAUUAUCCCCUUUAUAAACCUGACUACAAAACCAAACCAAAGCCUUCUAAUGAGAUUACGAGAGACUACAUACCCAAAAUUGGAAUGACGACUUACAAAAUAGUACCUCCCAAAUCCCUGGACACACUGAAGGAUUGGGAGUCAGAAAGUAUUCGGUACAAUAAGAAUGAUCAGGAGAUACAUUCUCCAGAAAAUUACCAGCCACGUGAACAGCUGAAGGAAUCUGCUAUCCAAACAGAUGAUCUUAUUUCUGAAGGUCCAAGGGAAACACAGACUGACAUGAAAUAUGAACCCAAAUUAGGAAUGGCGCAUCAUAUCCAAAAUGAAAUAAGCUUCACCGAUGGGACUGUAUCUUCUACAAAACCAGCCUCCAUAGUAAAUAAAGACAAUGGCGCAACUCCAUUGGUGCUGAAUUUAGAACACCUAAACAGUAUUAUGGAACCAAAAGGAAGAUCUAAGGUGAUAAGUCCCCAGACGAAACCUAGUUCUUUUUUCUUACAGAUGCAGAAAAGGGCCUCAGGUCAUUAUGUUACAUCUGCAGCUGCCAAAAGUGUCAAUGCUGCUACAAGUUCUGUUCAAAAUGAACUGAAGCAUAAAGAGAUUGAAAAAAAGUUAUCAUCUCCCCAAGAGGAAAUGCUUUCUCCUUUAAAUAAGACAAUUAACUUCUCUUCUGAAUUACCUGACAAACAAACUGAUCAUGACAUCAGUCAGAGACACAUAGAAAUCCCGACUUCUACCAAACCCCCGAAACCGGUGAAUGUUCCCUCUACUCAGCCAGCAACGUUCAGCCUAAAAGCCUUAAGGACUUUUGGUGCACCACGGCCAUACACAACUGCUACUCCUUCUCCUUUUGCACUUGCUGUAGUCAAAAGAUCACAGUCUUUCAGUAAAACAUAUACUGUCCCGAGGCAAUCAUCCAAAGAGGGUCCAUCUCCUGGACCACCUUCAUCAGCUUCCAAAGAGGCGGAGGAAAAAAAUAAUCCAUUAGAUAAGUUACUGGGAGUUCUACAGUCUGACAAGGAAGCUAGCUCUGCACACAAUGAACAGAAAUGCCAGAGACAGUCAUCAACUGACCGCGCAUCCUUCACCGUUAAGAGACAAACUUCUUUAACAUUCCAAAGUGCUGACCCAGAACAGAUUCGACAAAGUUUGCUGACCGCAAUUCGCUCUGGAGAGGCUGCUGCCAAAUUGAAAAGGGUUAGUGUUCCAUCCAAUACCAUAUCUGUAAAUGGAAGACCAAGACUCAACUGUCCAGCGUCCACAGAAACACAGUCUGACCAUUAGAGAUGUUACACCAGCUAUUUUGCACUUUACCACCACCUCUUACAUAGGCCAACAUAAUACUAAUUGAGAUUUAUUGCAAAUGUAAAUUCAGGUGUCUGUUAAUAUAUAUAUUGUCUAUUAAGAUGUGUGAAUUUUGUGUGAUGGCUUUUCAUGCCAAGAGAAGAAUUAUUGAAAUAUGUAAUUUAUAGUGAUAUUUUUGUCUGUAUGCCUUAAAAGCUGAAUAUGCUGCUGUAGGACUUUUAAGAAGAGGUGCAGAUGACUUUCAGUUUUUGAAAUGAAAAAUAAUCACAUUUUGUUGAUUUCAUUGAAUUAUUUGUAGAAACAUAUUGUACAAUGGUGAUUUAGUCAAAAGGAUAACUUUUUAAUAUCCUUAGGUUUAUAAUUGUAUAAGUACUUUAACAUAAUAUGUGAGUUAAUAAAUGUCUGCCAUAUGCUGCCUUGAUGUUACUGUUAAAUUAAAAACCUGUAAUAAGCAUAAAUUUCAAACCUUGCAUUCUGCAGAAAGAACCAACUAAAAAUACUAGUGAUAACAAAUGACUGUCUUCAGUUGAACAUUGGUUUUAAUUGUUGAAUCAUUUUGUGCUCAAAAUUCUUCCUCUUACAUUUUUUUUCCAUGGGAACAAUGCAAAAUCAGAGACUGUGAUGGGAUCCUCAGUAUUUUAAUGUUGUAAUAAUUCUCUGCAUUUAGUCUUUAACCCUUGAAAUGCACAAAGAAAAUUUAAUUAUAAAUGUUUUUCUGUAUAUAAUUCUUAUAGUAUAAGGGCACAGAUGAAUCUUAAACAUAUACAUGUUACUUGUACCAGAGGCCUUAAAAUAUCCUUUGUCAAAAAUAUUGAUUUAUAGUAAUAGUUAUUUUAUUUUUGAUGUAUAGGGCCAAAAGAAAAAAAAGGAUUAGAAUGUGUCUAGAUUAAACUGUUUAAAAUGGGUUUUGAAAAUCCCAGUCAGCCUAUUUUAAUUAUAGUCAUGUGAUAUAAUAGUAAGUCAUAAUGAAGCUUAUUUAAAAUUGAAAUACUAUUAUUCUAAAUAUUAAAAAUGAGUAAAUUAAUGUUGGAACACUUAAAGAGGUGCCUAAUUGGUAGGGGUGAGGGUACACCUGAUUUUUAGGCUUACAGUUUUUAUGUGAUACGUGUUUGUCCACAGAAGGAACUAAAUUGUUCACUUAUUAUCAUAGCUUUUGGUCAAGCAAGAUGAUUGUGAAUUCUGGUAGAUUUCUACUGCCCCUAGUGAGAUAUUUGCCAGUUUUAAAAGUAUGUUGAUUCUUUUCCAGUUAAAUAAAAAUUAUCUUAUUUAUUUUUGAGGA